AUUUCCGGUGACGAAAGGUUCUUUUCCGUUUGGUCGUGUAACCUCGCGUGCUUGUUCUCUCUUCGAGCUAAGGCCGCAUCGGCGACUUGCACAUUUUUUCAAAUCCAUCCACAAGGUUUGACGAUAAAUAACAUCGAGUAAAAUGUCGACAAAGGCCGAGCUCGCUUGCGUUUAUUCCGCACUCCUUCUCACUGAUGAUGACAUCGCCGUUACUGGCGAAAAGAUUCAAACCAUCCUCAAGGCAGCCAAUGUUGAUGUCGAGCCGUAUUGGCCAGGUCUCUUCGCCAAGGCCCUUGAAGGCGUUAACGUAAAAGAUCUCAUCACCAAUAUUGGAUCAGGUGUUGGAGCUGCACCAGCUGGUGGUGCUGCUGCUCCUGCCGCGGCAGCUGGCGGUGACGCAGCUCCAGCCAAGGAAGCCGAAAAGAAGAAGGAGGAACCAGAGGAGGAGUCUGACGAUGACAUGGGAUUCGGUCUCUUUGACUAAGUGGUACCACGGAGUGUACCUGUAUUUUCUAUUGUGCAUAUUUUGUACGAUGAAAAAACUCUAAAAUAAACAUAAAAAUCGAAAAAUCCGAAA